AUGCCCGGACUUUGGUCACUCGCACAGACCCCACACUUGCUAAUGCAACAAUGUAGGCUGAUGCGGACCACCGCAGCGAACCUUGCAAACACAGUGCCGCAACCUAAGUGGACGGCCAACUCGCUACGAACCGGCCUCAUCGCUCGCAAGCGCGGGAUGACCGCUAUGUGGGAUGACAACGGUGCUCGGGUUCCAGUCACGGUUCUUCAACUCGAAAAUUGCCAAGUAACCUCGAAUAUUGUAACCUUACGAUCUGACCGUUCCGAGUAUCACGCCGUUCAAAUUGGCGCUUCCGACCGUCCAAGCCGGACAACGACAGCUCAAAUGAAAGGCCACUUCCGGAAAGCCAGCGUUCCUCCUAAAUACAUCGUCAGGGAAUUCCCCGUCACUCCCGAUGCGCACGUCCCCGUUGGCACUACUCUAUCUGCCAUGCACUUUGUUCCUGGUCAGUACGUCGAUUCAGAAGGUCGUUCCCCUAACAGUAUCGGGAAAGGAUUCCAAGGCGUCAUGAAGCGUUGGAAUUUUAGAGGUUUGCGAGCCAGCCACGGUGUAUCCGUAUCUCACCGUUCUGCCGGUGCCACUGGUGCACACCAGGACCCUGGAAGACUGUGGCCCGGAAGGAAAAUGGCGGGUCGACUCGGCGGAAAGCGCAUAACUGCGCAAAAUCUCACAGUCAUGCGCGUCGACACCGACCUGGAUCUGGUAUUCGUCAAGGGUGCUGUUCCAGGCGCAGACGAUGCCCACGUAUUAGUCCGUGAUGCCAAAAAGAAGCUCGUCACACUGGCGAAGGCACAUCAAGCUGUCGGCGCGUACGAGAAAGUGCUGCCCAAGGGCGUAGACGAUCUUCCAUUCCCGGCCGGUACGAGGGAAAUGGCACGGAAUCUGCCUACUGUCAUCGAGGCUCGCUCCAAGCGGGUCACCAGUCCAUUCGUCCCCCAGGAGUAAUCCAUGUUAUUCAUACAUUUGCCGUAAUGAUGCAGCCUGCAUUUCUCCGACAUCACUAGCUCUAGUUGUCUGUGAGUGAAGGGUAUCGCGAGUUUUGCUAUCAUAUCAUGCCGGAUUAUCGGGCCUAGGAUAGAAGCUUUGCGUCUAUGGUUUCCUUGGUCAAGCCGUCCGGCCCGUCGCGAACCUCUAUCACUUUGCUUACGUCCGCCUGUUAGAGUAUGGAGUCAUAGACUGCACAAUCAGUUCAGUUGGACGCGUACCGUAUUUUGGAACUCGAUUAGUGCGUUGGCGUGCAGAGUCAU